AUGCGUGUCUCGUGCGCAGUGAACUUUCUCUUCCUUGCAGCAACAAAUCUGGUAUCAUUCACAUGGGGAAAUCCAGUGGAGGCACGGAGCGAUGUCCUCAAGCGCGCCGCCCCCAUCUCCCCCAAGGUGGUCAUAAUCAGCAUGUUUGCUCCAGAGGCAGAGGUGUGGUAUGGCAAGAAGUACCAUCUUCUCGCGCUGAAUAUCACUGUGCCCGGUCUAUCACCGCUCUUCCCCGAAGUGCACUGCACGGCCAGUGGUAACGUCUGCCAGGUCAUCACCGGCGAGUCCGAGAUCAAUGCAGCCUCGACCAUCACGGCCUUUGUGCAAAGCCCCGAAUUCAACCUCACCAAGUCCUACUUCCUGGUGGCCGGCAUUGCUGGCGUCAACCCCGAAGUCGCGACCCUCGGGUCUGUGACGUUUGCCAAAUAUGCGGUUCAGGUGGCCCUGCAGUAUGAGUUCGACAUGAGAGAUGUGCCCGACAACUUUACAACAGGAUACAUCCCAUUUGGCGUGACAGCGCCGGACGAUUACCCGCAAACGAUCUACGGCACCGAAGUCUUCGAAGUCAACGAAGCCCUCCGCGACGUGGCCAUCAGCUUCGCCUCUGGCGUCAAACUCAACGACUCCCAAGCCUCCAUAGCCUACCGCGCCAAGUACUCCGCUGCAUCCGCCUACGCCGCCGGAGCGGAAGGUCCCUCGGUGCUGGGCUGUGACGUCGCGACCUCGGACGUUUAUUUCUCCGGUACGCGCCUGUCCGAAGCCUUCGCAAACACGACCAACAUCUGGACCAACGGAUCAGGCAUAUAUUGCACGACGGCCCAGGAAGACAACGCCACUCUCGAAGCCAUCAUGCGUGCCGCGCAGAAGAACCUCACGGAGUUUUCCCGCGUCAUCGUCAUGCGCACGGCCAGUGACUUUGACCGACCUCCCCCCGGAGUUUCGGAGAUCCAGAACCUUCUGUACGUCAACCAAGGUGGUUUCGGACCCGCCAUUCAGAACAUCUACAUUGCUGGUGUGAAGGUCGUGGACGGGAUUCUCGAUGGCUGGAACAGCACGUUUUCAAAAGGCAUCGCGCCGAAGAAUUACAUUGGCGACAUCUUCGGCACGUUGGGCGGGACACCCGAUUUCGGACUUCCUAGUGAGUAUAUCAAAAUUGGGAAGAGAGGUGGCCUGGAGGUGGAGAUGCAAGGCAAUUUGAGGAUGAGAAGGGCUGCCGAAGGUGCCAGGCGGGCUGCCGGGGCGAGAGGCAUCAGUGGUUAA